ACGACGGCGACGGGGUGCAAGCUGCAAGCAAGCAGCGACGGUCGCUACGGGUCGCUACGACGUCGUGUGGCGUGCGGGGUCGCUGUGUGGUUUGCGGAGGGACCAUCUGUGGUUAGAGAAACAGCCGAGGUCGUACGGAAGCGGUAACGGUGGCCACUAUUCGCGAGCUAGCGGCAGCGCUGACCCGAGGUCGCGCGGGAACGGCCUUUAGUGCAAUAGAGGUGGCCCCUAGUCGCCUGGCCGCCGAACGCGGGUCAUGAGAUGUCGAGAGACACAUACGGGGGAGGCAGCCGGUCUCCGCGCGGCGUGAGGCUGCCCACAGUGGACCGAUCGCCGUCAAGGGUCGCGUACCACCCUUCGGCAGCGGGAGGCAGCCCGGUUGGGAGGAAACCCACGAGACAAUCGCGAUCCGGCAACAAUUCGCCCACGGACCAUUCGUACGGCUACCAUCAUUCCUCGCCGUAUUACAGAGACGACGACCUAGGCAGCCCUAUGUUGCUGGAGGAAGGACGAGGUAGGCCGAUUACGGUCGGCCCGCCGCCGCAUCAUAGGUCCAGGAGCGCUACACGGUACGACAUGAGAACCUCAAACCCCAUGUCAGUUCGCUAUCAAUCCCUGGAUCGUGGCCCAACGAUGGACCACGAACGCGAAUUCCUACCAAUUCGAGAUAGAAGAGACCGAUCUUUGGAUAGAGGCCUCUACUACGACGAUGAUCCUUAUAGUUCAAGAUCAGCGAGACAGUCCCCAACGUCCCACCAGCCGUUCAUAGGCGAACUGCAGAACCAAAACUCUGACCUACAACGCGACCUCGCGAAUUUGAAAAAGGAGCUGGAACUGACGAACCAAAAAUUAGGCUCCUCGAUGCAUUCCAUAAAAACCUUCUGGAGUCCCGAACUGAAGAAAGAACGGGCGCUGCGGAAAGAAGAAUCGGCCAAGUACAGUCUCAUCAACGACCAGUUGAAGCUGCUCAGCAGCGAAAAUCAGAAACAAGCAAUGCUCGUGCGACAAUUAGAAGAGGAACUAAGGAUGCGAGUUCGAGGGCCAAGUAUAGAAAUUCAACAGCAGAUGGAGGCUUUGUAUCAAGAAAACGAACAUCUACAGAGAGAAAUUGCUAUAUUAAGAGAUACUAUCAAGGAGCUAGAGCUAAGAAUAGAGACCCAAAAGCAGACACUCCAAGCGCGCGACGAAAGCAUCAAGAAGCUGCUGGAGAUGCUGCAAAACAAAGGCAUGGGUAAAGAGGAGGAGAGACAGAUGUUCCAACAAAUGCAGGCUAUGGCGCAAAAGCAGCUGGACGAAUUUCGCGUCGAGAUCCAGCGCAGGGACCAGGAGAUUCUCGCCAUGGGCGCCAAGAUGAAGACGUUAGAAGAGCAGCAUCAGGAUUAUCAGAGGCACAUCGCCGUGCUGAAGGAGUCGCUGUGCGCUAAGGAGGAGCAUUACAAUAUGCUGCAGGCCGAUUGCGAGGAGCUGAGAGCCAGAUUGGAAGAAAAGAACCGGUUGAUAGAAAAGAAGCAGCAACAGUUCCAGCAGGAAAGAGGUAGAGCUGCAGCAGAAAUUGCAGAGCUAAGGGAGCAUAUGGAUAUUAAGGAUAGAAAGAUCAAUGUGUUGCAAAGAAAGGUUGAAAAUCUGGAGGACCUCCUGAAAGAAAAAGACAACCAGGUAGAUAUGGCUCGCGCAAGGCUAUCUGCGAUGCAAGCACAUCAUUGUUCAUCGGAAGGCGCUCUUUCGUCGUUAGAAGAAGCCAUAGGCGACAAAGAGAAACAAAUGCAGCAGCUGAGGGAGCAACGUGAUCGUGCAGAACAGGAGAAACAAGAAGAGAGGGAACUGCACGAAAGGGAGAUCGCCGAAUACAAAAUGAAGAUCCACGCUCUGAACAGUGAAGUCGAGAAGUUGACUGCAAGGUUAGAGCGACUGUCGAAUGACAGAGAUAGGCUAGAAGCUAAGCUCGAGAGCUCACAGUCAGAACUGGGCAAAUCGAAGGCGGAACUGGACAAAGCGGCAGUUGGCGGAGCAGACUGGGACGCAGCGCGUCAGCGACUGUCGAGGCUGGAAUUGGAAAACGAUCGGCUGCGAGCGGAGCUGGAACGCGCGCAGGCAGCGCCACCUACCAGCACCUCCCCUUUUGGGCGUACCUCCACGUACCACACCAGUACCAGCAGCCACGAGCUGGACCGCAUGCAGGAGAAGGCAGACAAGACGUCGUCGGAUUUGAGAAGAUGUCAGGCGGAGUUGCGCGUUACCCAAGCGGACGCCGAACGUUCCCGCCAAGAGGCUACUCAACUGCAAGAAAAGCUGGAAAAGAGUCAGGGGGAAGUAUACCGUUUGAAAGCUCGCCUGGAAAACUCGCAUCAGGAGCAGGACAGCCUGCGCGAGGAGUUGGAGCGCUCACAGUCGGCCACGGCGAAGCUGCACGCGGACAAGGAUCGGGCUUACGCGGACUUGGAGAAACUCAGGGAAGAACUGGAACGUUCACAGGCGACUCUGGGAAAAUCCCAGCUGCAACAAGACAAGCUUCAGAACGCACUAGACAAGGCGCAGACAGAAGUAGACAAGCUCCAAGAAAAGCUAGACAAGUCACUUGGAGAGACCAGAAGGAUCCAGUUAGAGAAAGAAAAGCUAGGGUACGAUUUAGAGAAUAUACAGUCGCAAUUGGACAAGGUUCUAGGCCAAUCUGCUCGACUGCAGAAGGAAAAAGAAUCAGCCCAGGUAGAAGCAGAUCGGCUUAGAGAUAAAGUAGAAAAAACUCAAAGUACCAUCACGAGGCUGCAAAAAGAAAGAGACAGUUUCCAGGAUGAAAGCGAGAAACUAAAGGAGCGCGUAGAGUCGCAGCUCACGCAGAUAGCGAAAGCGCAGCGAGAACGCGCCGACCUCGAAACGGAACUCGACGUCAUGAAAGAACGGUGGGAGAAAACGCACGCGCUGCAACAGAAACUGCAAAUCGAGCGAGACGCCGCGCUGACGGAGGUCGACAUACUAAAGGACAAGCUAGACAAAGCGAUUUACGCUUCGCAAAAAGCGGUUGACGAUAGGGAAGGCAUGCAGAGGGAGAUUGAGAAGAUGCUUGAGAAAUAUGACCGGUCACAAAGCGAUCUAUAUCGGCUUCAAAACAAACUGGACACCGUGCAGCAAGACAAAGAACGGCUAGAGAUAGAGCUGGACAAACAGCAAAUGCUUGCCACGAAAUCCAGAGAUGACCAACGGAAACUUCAAGAUGAAAUCGCAAGAGUUCAAGAAAUGUACGAAAGAACUGCUAUGCAACUAGCUCGAUCCAAAGAGCUGGAAGAAAAGGGCAAAGAAGAACUUGAACGACUGAACAUUGAUGUUGAGAUGGUGAGGGAACGAUAUGAGAAGGCCCAGAUUGAGAUACGAAGACUCCAAAGUGAGAAAGAGAAACUCCACGCUGAUAACGAACGGUUCCAAUAUGAAGUCGAGAGAACCCACGGUCAGUUGGUUAAGGUCCAAGCUAGCUACGAGAAGAGUCAGGAGGAAAGCGCUAGGGUGCAAGUUGAAUUGGAGAAAGCCAAAGAUAAGCAUGAUAAGUUGCAGCUUGAGUUCAGAAAAGUGGUGGCAGAAUACGAUGCUCUCAGAGAAUCCUCAGUACCUGGUAGAGACAGAUACUCCAAAUUUGACAGAGACGACAGGACCAAAGAAGAGAACGAUAGGCUCAGAUCUGAGAUCGACAGGUUAAGAGAAAGAUUGGAUAAGACUCUAGGCGAUCUAGACAAAUCAAGGAAAGAACUAGCUUUGGUCGAAAACACUAGAGGCAAAUACACCUACGAGCAAGAAAAAGAAAAGAACGCGGAGAUAGAACGGAUGAGGGAAGAGCUGCAAAGAUCGCUUAACGCAAACUCUCAACUAGAAACGAAGUUGCACGAGGUCAGCAUGCAACUUGAACUUGCGAGACAGGAGGUCGCUAAGGUUGCAGGAGGUCAAGACAAGCAACGACACGAGCUCGAACGUGCCGUAAUCGAAUGCGAGAAGUUGAGAGACAGGUACGAGAAGCUCAAGAUGCAAUGCGAGAAACUUGAGAAGGAUAACGAGAAACUCAGGAUGGAAGUAGCUCAGACUGAGAGGCGGCAAACUCUUGCUGCUGAUAAGGUCAGGAACGAUGAGAGACUAGAGAUAGAAAGGCUUAAGGAGAAACUUGAAAAGGCGAUACAAGCAAGAGAUGCCACGGAAAUGGAAGCAGGACGACUGGCUCAAGAACUGGAGAAGUCUCAGCAGCACCUCACUAACGCCUUACAGACCAACGAAGCCACGAAGAUUGAGUUUGAGCGCAUGGCAACUGAGCUGGCGAGAAUGCAUGAGAGGAUAGAGCGUGACAAGUUGGAUUGGAAGACCAUGGAGCAAGAAAGGGACGUACUUAGAGCUGAACUUACUCAAAUCAGAAGCGGUUUGGAUAGUCAGAGAAGGACGGUGGAUCACAGGACUCAAGAGGCUAUGAUUAAGCUUCAACAAGAGCUAGCUCAGGUUUCUAGGGAAAGAGAUAAGAUGGCUAGUAUGCUGGAUAAACAAGGCAGGCAAGGAGAUUCUAUUGAGAAGCAGAUCAUUAAAUACGAAGCUGAUAUUAAGCAACUGACCAUGGAAAGGGACCAACUUGUGAUGCAGCUAGAGAAAUCUCAAGAUAUGUUGAUGAACUUCCAACAAGAGUUGAACAACAGCGAGACCGAACUGGAGAAGCAAAAACAGGAAGUUGCGCGAUUAAAGGCAGAGCAGAAGAAGAUGACACAAGAUACGGAACGAGGAGUGAAAGAAAUGUUGGAGAAUAGAGACAAGGAAAUUGCGAAGCUUCAACAUCAACUGCAAGCUGUCCAGAAAGAAAGAGAUACUCAUAAGCAACGAGCCGAUAAAGCGGAGAAGCUGCUGCAAGAAUCUGGAGCAAGAGGCGACUCGGAAUUGGAGCAAUGGAGAAAGGUCGUCCAACAAGAGACGGAUCGUGCAGACCAAGCCGAGAAGACCGCUCAGGACCUGCAGAAGAGGAUACAAGUGAUGGAGAAGCAACUGCAACAGCAAUUGCAGCAAAUGGCGCAGUACCAGAAGGAGAGGGGCAUUCAACCACCGCCGCAGGAUGACAAAGAGACGCAGAGGUUGAGGAAAGAAUUGGAAAAGGCACAAGCGGAGGUGAAGAAUACUGCGACUGAGAAGGAGAGAUUACAGGCGCAGCUGGAAAUGUUGGUCCAGGAACUCGAGAGGAAUCAGAUGGAACUGAUGGAAGCCCAGAAGAGACUCGCCGCAGCUCCUGCUCAGAGGGCUCCAGGCGGAGAAGACCUCGCCGCGAAAGCGAAGCAGCUGGAUGAAGAGAAGAAGCAGUUCCAGGAGGCGAGAAGGCAACUCGACGAACAGAAAAAAUCGGUCGACACGAAGAACAGGCAAGUGCAAGACAAGGAGAAACAAUUGGCUGAGAUGGAGAAGCAACUGCAGAAGCAGAAACAGGAACUGGAUCGGUUGCAACAGUCAUUACAGAAGGCUGGAGGUGGUGCAGCGGCAGCUAAUGAACUGAACAAGAAACUAGCUGAAGCUGAGAAGAAGAUGGAACAGGCUCAAGAAGAAGCGAAGAGAUCUGCUACGGAGAUGGAAAGACUGUUACAACUGGUUCAGAUGAGCCAGGAGGAACAGAAUGCGAAGGAAAAACAGAUUGCAGAAUUGCAACAGGCUCUCAAAGCUGCACAAGCAAAAUUGAGGAGUCAACAGCAACAAGCACAAAAGGAAGAGGCUGGACCGGCCGGCUUCUUAAAAAGCUUUUUCUAGUCUUGUCAUUUACCGUAUUUACCCCAACAACCGCCACAAAUCACAAUGCUGCCUCAUUCCCGAAAUCCGUAUACCCUCCAUGUCCGUUGAGGUCUGUUAUUGUGUGUGACUCCGUUUUUUCGUACGUUACAGAAUGUAUGUUUCUUUCUUUUUGCUUACACUUAGGAUACAAGCGAAGCCUCCGUCGAGGCUGGAAAAACUGCGAAAGAGUUUAAAAACGAGCAGAUUUUAGAGGUUAAGAAGAUUUUAGAUGAGACGAAGCACCAAGUAGACGAGAAAAAUACGAUUAUAUCACAAUUAGAGAUGAAACUGAAGAAUGUUGAGGAUUUUAUAGAGAAACAGAGCGAGUAUGAAGAGAUGAUGCGUGUCAAAGAUACGAAAGAUAAUAGAAUUAGGGAGUUAGAGGAUGCGCUUAGAGAUAGCAUCAAGUUGUCUACGGAAAGAGAAGCUGUCCUUCAUCAGGAGGAGAAGAAGAGGAAACAAAUUAUGGACACAUUGUUGAAGCUAGAGCAACGAUUGCUGUCACUUCAGUCCGCCCAAGCAAUGAGAUGUCACUCCUGCAAGCCGUAUGCGGCCAAAAUGGUUGCAAUGGAAAGGGACCUGACCACACUCGUCAAAGAGCGGAAACAACAUUUGCAAGACCUUGCACGUAUGAAGCGAGAAGCGUUAGAAGCUGCGAUUAGCGAAAAAGAUGCCCAUCUAGCUUUAUUAGAGAUAUCGGGUAUCAAAAGCGCGCGACAAGCUGAAGAGGUGGACCGCCUGAAUUCAGACAAGCGACGACUGCUAGAAAAACUCAACGAAGAGUCCGAAUUGAGCAUAUCAUUAGACAAAGAAAGUAGCGAAGGACUCCGGUUCUGCUCAACGAUAAUCGAAGAGGAACCUUUCGGGUGAAACUGGGCCGAACUUCUCGGCUGGGAGAAACGAAAGCGCAACCUUCUUUCACUUCAGAUGAUCUCAAGCAAUAAAUGACUACGAUGACGAAGAAUCUCGUGGGAAAAAAAACAAAAAGGUCGACGUAUCGGCCACGGCGUGUGUAAAGGCCGUUCGUAUCGUAUUACUUUACAACAAAAGCACUGCCUGUAUAAAAAAUUACGAUAAGUAACUAUUAACGAGACCGUAAAUGUGUUAGUUGUAGUGGUUGAUAAAAUAUAUACAGGGCGAUGCGAUUUGGUGGUGCUUAGUUUCUAGGGCAAGGUCAAUUGUUAGUAGAGCGAGGUCUGGUUGAAUGUACUACUUGGAAGAAACGCUGCAGUCAUCUAAUUAGUUAAUAGUGUUUUUGAUUUGACUUUUCUCGUCAAGGUUACCUCAUUUAUCAAGGUAUCCACAUAUGUUUGACCUUACAAAGGAACCUUGAAAUGUCAAGGUCUUAAAUUUCAGUAUUCUAAUAAUUUUGGUCGGUUUCGUUUCCGAAUACAAAUCAGGGUUGACUUAACCUUGAAUUAACCUUGUUGUUUUCAAGGGCAGUGUCGAGGUAUUAGAUUUCAGUUUUCGACAUACUUAAUGUUACCGCAACGCCCUGUACAUAAUGUUUAGAUAUAUUAUAUGACAAUAAACAGUGGAAUGAGGCAUAAUUGUUGUAAUCACAAAUUAAUAUAUCAUCUUUCAAAUUUGGAUGGGUCGAUAUUGUAACAAUAAGAUUGUAACCAAGUCACUUCUAGUGGUAUGGAUCGCUAAAAUUAUACAUAUAUACAUCCUGUAUAACAUUGAUUCCGAUAAGAAAACGUAUUUCAGUUUUGCAGAGGCCAGUUUUUUGUAUUGAAUGGUAAUCGAUCCUCAAUAAAUGCAGUUAUCUUUAACGCUCGCAAAAAUCUAGCCUCUGGCCAAAAAAGUUAUGUUUAUGCUUUUUUAUUUUGCCAUAUCUAAAUAGAACUUCUGAAGCAAUAGAUGGACUAAAUAGGUUGACUCAUGGACCAAAAGAACUUUCUAUUUUCACUAUGCCUCUGUCCUCAUCCAAGCAGUUUCUUUCACUUUUCUCAUCAUACUGAACUAUACUUAUACCAAAAUCACGAUGUAAUAUUUGCCCUCAAAUAUGGUAGUAUGGUAGUUUUAAACAUUUAAUUGAUCGAGAUAUGCCUUCGCUAUCUGUAUAAGCUUGAAACUCAAGACAGAAAUGCUUUUGGAAGUCAUAUUUUGAAGGGUAAUUCUUUGUCCUUUUUUUGAGGUUGCAAUUUCGUUAGAAUAAAAACCUCUCAACGACGAACUAUCCGUUAAAAAAUUCAUAUCAAAGGUGGCCAAGAGAAAUGACUGUAAAUGAUUUUCAGCUUCAGCAAAAAUUCAUAAUUAACAGACCGAUUGAAUAGUCUUAUCGUAUUGGGUGAAAUGACAUUGAAGGUUAGGCUCAAGGUUAAAUCCAACAUCAUCGCUACUUUACUAAAGAGCUGACCUUACCAGUUACGAUCUCCGCGAGAUUUCUAUAGGUUUAGCAGCACAUAUUUGAACUUUUUUAACCUAUUUGACCUCUAGGGGUCAUCUUGAUCUUGAAUUUCCUAUUGCCGGCAUCGAAAAUAAGGAUUUUCGUUCAAAAAACGAAGCUUAGCUUUAAAUUACCCUGAAGGUGACGAUCAAGGUCAAAUCCAAGAUCACCGUUACUCGCUAGUUAAAUUUUACCAAAGACCCGACCUUGAUAGUUGUUUUUCAUUGAUAAUCCUGUGAGAUUUAUAGCGGUUUACCUAACAGCACACAUUUGACCUUUAGAAGAUACCCUAACCUUGGACUCCAAUCUGUAUUUGAACGUAAAAUUUUCCAUUCUUUCGAUUGCCGGCAUCAAAAAUAAGGAUUUCUAUUAAAAAAUAAAGCUGACCUUUAAAUAACCUUGAAGGUCAAAUCCAAGGUCAGGAGAAACCUUCUCGUUAAAAUUUGUCUGAACUUGAUAGUUAUUUUUAUCGCUCAUCCUGUGAGAUUUAUAAAGUUUUUUUAGCAGCACACAUUUGACCUUUACAAGCCAUCUAUCGACCAUUUUGGGAAGCUGAAUAUAAUUUGCGGUAAUUUUUGACAGGUUGCCGAGAUGAGGAGUUUGGGUAUAUAUCGGUCAGUUGUAUGUAAUUCUACAUUAAAGUGAGCCAAUUGCUGUAAAAAAUAGUAUAACCGACCAGCGCGCGUGUGUGUGAAAUUUAAAGCGUUUUGCACAACUUUUAAAUGUCCUAUAAAUACUACCUACAUAAUAUAGAUCUUAGGUAAUCUACUCCUUUCUUGUCUAGUGUCUAAACAUUCCAAAGUAUCUCAUGUGUACUAUGUUUAAGAGUUAAAAGUUGGGCAAGAUUUUGUUAACUAGCAUUUGCAAUUACGCAUUUAUAUUCACUUUUUCGUUUAUCUACUAUAGAGGUUUAUUAAUUUCUAAAGUUGAUAAACAAAAAAGUAUAAAACAUCUUAUCAUCAUUAAGAAGCAGUAUUUAUCGUCACAAUACAACAUAAUGAAGGUAUAAACGACUGCAAUUUUAUCACGUUUAUUCACUCAAAAAAUUACUAGUAGUACUCGUAGAUGGUAAAAUGUUCUAUUCUCUACGAACAAAGAAAUAUUUUAAACGGUACAGUCAAGUCGUCGUGAAAUCGUUUAAACAUAUAGCUUCUAUUUUUGCAUAUAUAUAGGGCUCGCGGCAGUGUAAUAAAAAGUAUCCCUAAAAUCGGAAUUUCCUUCUAAAAUAAAUCAUGUUCCAUCAGUUUUCGUCGGGUUCUUCAGAAAGUAAUGACAUGAGCUGCUUCUGUUACUAUCAUGUCUAUCAGCACAUACCUUAUGUUUCAGUUUUGGCAUACUUUCAAGAAUUCGCUCAUUUGUCCAUAUUUUCCUCAUUACCUGAAAUUUUUUCCUGCACGAUACUCCUCAUUUUAGGAAUACCUUUGUGAUAUAUCUGUCCAGCUUUGUCAAUAAUUUACCUUCUAUAUAUCAGAUUGUACAUUUAUGUAUCAUAUCAUUAUAGGCCAAGAAACACUGCCAUCUUGUGCCAUUAUCACAAGAGAACCGGGUCACACGUUCAGUCAGUCUUUUUAUGACAUAAAUGUUCUUUUUUAUGUUUGAUUUCGUAAAUUCACUUUUCAAUAAAAUCGAACACAAACCUCCAAAAGCAUCACACUCUGGAUAUAAUACGCGACGUCUGUGGUUGACCAUCAAUCUGUAUAACUGGUUGCCUACCUUCAGACUCAAGUUUAAUACAAAUUGUAUUUUUUGCUUUUUGCUAAAGUUUUCCAGCUUAUUUUAUAUAGAAAUAAACCACUAUAAUUUGACUAAUCAAUUAUUUGAACAAUUAGAUAAAAAUCGUGUUUGUUAAGCUUGAAUUUACAACACGUGUUAUUCUAGGCUCAGACAUCGAAUUGCCGCAGACGUUGUACGAUUUUUCUAGACGAGCAACGCAGGGAUUAAUAUUUUUUUUCUUUGGAUGCAAUAAUUUUUGACUGAACAGCUUGUGGGCAUUUUACAAUUAGCAACUCAUUAAUUAUAACAAAAUACAUUCGCGCUGGUAGAACAGUUCUUAAGGUCUAUAAAGCUAGAUUUUCCAAGAAACAAGGACUGUUAUUUAUGAGUUUGCCGUUGUCAAGUUUUUAAUCUCUGGUUUUUGAAUGCGGUAAGUAAAUCUAUAAUGUACAAACUUUCAUCAUCAUCGUAUAUUGUGCAAUUGUAACGCCACACAAUAAUGAAAAUUCCAUAUCAAGUGCAAUUUUGCAAUCUGAAUUUGCCUUUCUCGUUUUUAAAAGAUAGUUCCUUCUUAAGAACUGAGAUGUAGCGCCACCUAGCCGUAAAGCUUAGCGAAUUUAUUAAAAAUCAUCCACCAUCAGCGUUCAUAAAAAUGCACAACAAAUUAAAUGAUGUAUAUGUAUAGUUAGAACCGUCGUUUCGUUAGGAAAAAUAGUUUUUCGGAAUACUGAUUUCGAUGUAAAUAUUUAAUUUUCAUACAGGUUUGCAACGUAAUUUUAUUUUUUUCCGUUGGUCGAAGACUGACAAAGCUUCAAGUUUACAUUACUAUCGUAAUAUUGAAGGCAUAGUUUUGAAACAAUAUUGUAUUGUCUUUACAGGACCGUAACAGAAAAAAUCAAAAAGUUUUUCAAAAUAUUUCCGUUUCUGCCUACGGGAGGUUCCUGUUUUUCGAGAUGCGGAAGAAGAAUCUUUCGGUAAUCUAAAUCAAAAUUUUCAUCCAUUAUAAAAUUUUUGUUAGGUAAUAUGCAGCUUCUUUUCAAUAGAAAAAAAAUGAUUACAAUAAAUGUUACUUCAGUAUGUAAGAUAGUUUAUCUCAAUAUAUCUAUAACACCUACAGUAAAAAAUAGGUAAGUUUGAAAUCGUAUUCAAGCCAAAUAUUAACCACUACUUCUAUGAUUUUUUGUUUCAAUUUUUAACCAAAUUUUCAAGAUGCGAUAUACGUGCAAAUAACGUUUGAAUAAUCAAGAAUGCCACAAUAAAAAUAAUACGUUGACCUCAAUCUUUCAACAGUAGUCUAUUUAGCCUCAGCUUGAAGCUUUGUCGUAUCCAGUCAUUGUUAUAUUUUAUAAACGCUAAUAUUCACAGACUGUACAUUACAAAUUGCGUCAUCGACAUUAGAACAAUUUAUGCCAUCACAAAAUUCUUUCACUGACUCACCUACAUAUCUCAUAAAGAAUUGUAUCGUGUAAUUCGACUUGCUUUUUAUAAUGUAAUUUUCCAAAUAACUAUAAACGUAGGUAAUAAUACAAUUUAGACAGUUAGCAUACAUAAUAAACAAUAAUAAAUGUUGAUUGUUGAGCAUGACAGACCGAGUCUGCCUGUUAUAAUUUUUGAAAAACCGUAUUCUUUACUGAAGACAAACGCAUAACAAUUCGAUUUUUUUUUAACGCUAAAAAAAUACUUGUUAUCAAGAAUCGAGAUCUCAACUCAGGAGAUUCCACAAUCUAGAGUCUCAAUGUUAAUAAAUAAGAUUGCUGAAAACUACAAUUUAUUAUUUUCAUUGAUUUUAUUACACAAUAUCUCUACAUUCAUAGCAUUUCAUGAUAUGAGUCUUCAGUAAACCAUACUAAUUUUUCCAAUAAAUAUGUAUAGAAACUCUAGUAGUAUAGGUAGUUUCAUGUUGAUUUCCUAUGUUGAUAUUGACUUUUUAUUGAUAAUUUGUCACGCUGUUGUAUAAAAUAUGUUAAGAUCGACAAUGUAUGAAAGUGUGAAAAGAACUUGAAACAGU